AUGCGCGGCGAGAUUUGCCAUAUCCAUAUCGGCCAAGCUGGUACUCAGCUGGGUAACAGCGCUUGGGAGUUGUAUCUCCUCGAGCAUGGCCUUGGCGCGGAUGGACGUCUGGACCCCGAGAAGGGUGAGGAAAUCAACGCAGGCGGUUCUUUCGAGACCUUCUUCACCGAGACGGGGAGCGGCAAAUACGUUCCCCGGUCUAUCUUCGUUGAUUUGGACCCAUCGCCAAUUGACGAGAUCCGGACCGGAACCUACCGUCAGCUCUUCCACCCCGAGCAGCUGAUUAGCGGAAAAGAGGAUGCCGCCAACAAUUAUGCCCGUGGUCACUACACGGUUGGAAAAGAGCUUGUUGAGACUGUUGUCGACCGUAUUCGCCGGCUUUCCGACAACUGCAACUCCCUUCAAGGAUUCUUAGUCUUCCACUCCUUUGGCGGCGGUACUGGCUCUGGUUUCGGCGCCCUUCUGCUCGAGCGUCUGUCCACGGAGUACGGCAAGAAGUCCAAGCUGGAGUUCGCCGUGUACCCCUCCCCCCGUGUGUCGACCGCCGUCGUGGAGCCUUACAAUGCUGUUUUGUCCACCCACAGCACGAUUGAGAACUCUGACUGCACCUUUUUGGUGGAUAACGAGGCUGUUUACGAUAUCUGCCGCCGCAACCUGGACAUUCCUCGCCCCGGCUAUGAGCACCUUAACCGCCUGAUUGCCCAGGUCGUCAGCUCCAUCACCUCCAGUCUCCGCUUCGACGGUGCCCUCAAUGUGGAUCUGAAUGAGUUCCAGACCAACUUGGUACCAUUCCCUCGUAUCCACUACCCCUUGAUCUCCUAUGCCCCGGUCAUCUCAAGCAACCGCAGCUCCCACGAGAGCUUCAAGGUCCAGGAUCUUACCCUCAAAUGUGCCGAACCAAACAACCAAAUGGUUGUUUGCGACCCCGUUAACGGCAAAUACAUGGCCGUGGCUCUUUUGUACCGCGGUGACUGCGUGCCUCGUGACUGCAACCAGGCUAUUGCGUCCCUUAAGGCGAAGGCUUCGUUCAACCUGGUUGAAUGGUGCCCAACUGGUUUCAAGCUGGGAAUCAACUACCAGAAGCCUGCGCGUGUCCCCGGCAGCGAACUCGCCCCUGUCGACCGUUCCGUCAGCAUGCUGUCUAACACAACCGCCAUCUCUGAAGCAUGGAGCCGUCUCGACCACAAGUUCGACCUCAUGUACUCCAAGCGCGCAUUCGUGCACUGGUAUGUGGGCGAGGGUAUGGAAGAAGGUGAAUUCUCCGAGGCCCGCGAAGAUUUGGCCGCCCUGGAGAAGGAUUACGAGGAGGUUGCCGGGGACAGUCUUGACGCGGAGGGUGAUGAGGAAGCCGAGUACUAA